AUGUCUCGCGUGUUCUACAAGUCGAGGAAUCCUCUACAGUAUUAUUCUUUCGUUUUCAGAAACUGGACGCCAAGUUUAGCUACCUGGGGUGUUGGUGCCGGGGCUGGUGCCCUUCUGUUCUUGUCAGUAACGCCUCUGGUUCGACGUGAACUGCUUUCCAAGGUUCCUGGGAUUAAGGGUUACUUUACGGAUAACACUCCUGCUUCCGAUAAACCUUUCUAA